GUGCCAGGAGGCGCAGGAGAUGCCCAACCCCCAGCAGACCGGUCACGCACGCCGGCAAGCGCAGCAGCAAGUCGGCGCAGUCACAGGCAACCUGCAGAAGGCCGCCGAGGCGGACCUAGCGAGGUACAACGCUCAGAAAGCUGUGCUGGAGGCUACCCUGACCAACCUGCGCUCCAAGCUGUCCGACCUGGAAUCUGACAACUGGAUGUACGAGGCGCCACGCUACAGCCACCACUGAGCUUCUCGCUCCUAACAGCUUGCCGAGGCCAGCAGCGGCAGACACAGCAACUAGCGGGCUCCCUUGCCAGCAGGCAGCGGCACUCUUGAGGAGCGUCAGCCGGCAUGGCGGACACCAGCCAGGACUUCCAGCCCAUCGGCGAGCGGCGGGAGUGGGCGGAUGUGCAGCCGCGGGCGCUGCCGCGCACCCCGCAGCCGGUGGUGGAGAUUGGGAGGGAUGAGCUGCUGGCGGAGCUGAUGGACUACUUCUGGGCGGCGGUGGCGCGGCAGGAGCUCAGCGAGCGCGUGCUGGCUCUGACGGGCGAGAUCAUCGCCGACCUCAACUCCUCCAACUACAGCGUGUGGGAGUGGCGCUGGCGCUGCGUGCAGGCCCUGGGCGGCGUGCAGGCGCGUGUGGCGGAGGAGAAGGCGCUCACGCGGUCGGUGGCCACCGCCAACCCCAAGAACUACCAGCUGUGGAACCACCGUCGGCGCCUGGCCCUGGCGCUCGGGCCGGGGCAGGCGGAGGAGGAGCUGGCCUUCUCGGCGGCCUGCCUGGAGCACGACGCCAAGAACUACCACGCCUGGGCCCACCGCCAGGCGGUGCUGCAGCAUCUGGGCGAGCCGCGACUGUGGGCCGCCGAGCUGGCCUACACCGAGCGCCUGCUGCGCCAGGAUGUGCGCAACAACUCGGCCUGGAACCAGCGCAUCUUUGUGCUGCGAGGCGCGCCGGCGGCGGCGGUGGGGGCCCCCCGCGAGGCGUACGACCGAGAGGUGGCCUUUGCGGCCGCCCAGCUGCGCCUGGUGCCGCACAACGAGAGCGUCUGGGAGGCGCUGCGC